AUGCUGUUCUUAAUCACUCUUAAUAAAUUUCGUUGGAAACAUGUAUCCUGGAUGAUUUUCUUUCUUGAAAAUAUAUUGUUUAUUAUACAACAAAGUAUGAGUCAAAAUUGUAAUCAAAGAAUAUAUCAAAUAUUCAAUGGAAGUAUUAUUAAUACUACUACUACUAAUAUGACAAGUACAAAUGUUACACAAUUAUGUUGGUUAUCUGAUGAAAAUUUCACUUAUCUACAAUCAUUGAAUGACUGUUUGGACUUUAGUAUAGUAUGGAUAACUGAGCCACCAAAUGAAUGGCAUAUUGAUGAAAUGAUUAGACUUAGAUUUUUUGUAACUGCCUCUCCAUCAUUUUACGGACAAGCUAUACAGUUCAAUAUAUUUUCACGAAAUCCAUUAUUAAGUUCAAUUGGCGACGUAUCAUCGUUUUGUUCUGGAACAUCUUGCAAAAUAUUUCAAGUUGAAAAUACAUGUUGUUUAUGGCAUAUGAGUCUGUUUAUGAAUAGAUUAACUUCUCCCAGUGAACCCUUUUCUUUGGAUGUUUGUGAUUUCAAUAAUUUUAAUAAUAAAACUAUUCCAGUUUAUUAUGGUUCAUCAUUGAAUUCAGAAUGGAAUCUUUUAGUUCCCAUUGAUCCAGAAGAUAGGUGGAUUAAAAUGUUUCUAUCCCGUUCAACAAAUUGUUCGCUUAAGAUGAUUGACUGCGUUCCAGUAGCAAUGAAACAAGUCUACGUAGAAUUUACUGAGUUAACAAGCGAUAUGCAAAAACAACUAUGGGAAGUUAAGAAAAUGAAACAUACUAAUUUAGUGAAGCUUAUUGGGGUCACAUUUAUAUCACCUGUCUUAUCAUUGUAUACAGAGUUUUGUGAUAGAGGAAGUUUGUGUUACGUACUUCGACGUGAUUCUAUCCCGCUAAGUUGGAGUUUAAGAAUAGGUUUUUUAACUGGUCUUGCAAAUGGUUUAGCUUAUUUACAUAAUUGUCAAAUUGUACAUGGUCGAUUGAAUUCAUCAAAUUGUGUGAUUAAUGAUAAAUGGACAUGUAAAAUAACAGAUUAUGGAUUAGAUAGUUUAAUUUGGUCAAAUGAUUUUGAAAAACAUAAAACGUUUUUAGAUAAACCAGAAAAUUUGCCAUAUAUCCCACCUGAAUAUAGAGAUUAUAAAGAAACAUUAUUCGUGCCAGCAGUAGACAUAUACAGCUUUGGUACAAUCAUGUGGGAAACAGCAAGUCGUAGUGAUCCGUCUCAAGAUGACGAAUUUGUGGCAGAACCAAUGUAUAAUCACCCGGAAUUGCCGACUAAAAGAUGUUUCGAAACUGAUGUUAAAUACGAGGUUGCAACAGUACCGCCUUUUGAAGAAUACAACAAUUUGAUGCAAUCUUGCUGGAAUGAAGAUACACUGAGACCAAACUUAAAUACAAUUAUAGAAUGGUUGACUAAGAUUAAUCCAAGGAAUAUUGGAGUUGAUGCAGGUACAAUACUUACGAAAGAAUAUGCUAGAUGUCUUGAAUCUAUUAUUGAAGAUAGAACUCAAGCGCUUCGUAGUGAACAGAAAAUGGCAGACACUUUACUCAACAGUAUGUUACCAAAACAAGUUGUAGAAAUGCUUAGACAUGGUGAAAAUGUACCACCUGAAGCAUUUGAACAAUGUACAAUAUACUUUAGUGAUAUUGUUGGUUUUACCACAAUUUCAUCAAGUUCUACACCAUUUGAAGUUGUAGAAUUUCUAAACAAAUUGUACACUCAAUUUGAUGAUAUUAUUGAUCGAUACGACGUUUAUAAAGUGGAAACAAUUGGUGAUGCAUACAUGGUUGCAUCAGGUGUUCCAAGAAGAAAUGGUGAACGUCAUGCUAUAGCAAUAGCUGAUAUGUCACUUGAUCUAGUCAAUGUUUCACACAGUUUCGUAAUUCCUCACAAACCUGAUGAACCGUUAAAAAUUCGAGUUGGUUUGCAUUCAGGUCCAGUAUGUGCUGGUGUUGUUGGUUUGAAAAUGCCAAGAUAUUGUCUUUUUGGUGAUACAGUUAACACAGCAAGUCGAAUGGAAAGUACUGGCGAAGCUUACAAAAUACACUGUUCAGAAACAACACACGCUAUAUUGGAUCGACUUGGUGGUUUCACUUUUGAAAAACGUGGUACAAUAACUGUGAAAGGAAAAGGGGAUAUGCAGACAUGGUGGAUCACAGGACGUACUAGAGCUGAUUUAGCGAAAGAUUGCUGCCCAUUGCCACUGAACUGGAAAAAAAGACUGAAAAAAACAGAACCUUCAAAUCAAAAUGAGAAUCCAGAACAAAAAUAACAUUCAUACUAUUCAUGGAUUGACGAAAACUUAGGAAGAUCUUGUAAAGUGUUAUGUACCAUGUCGAAUCUUCAGAUUAUACAAGACCAUAUUAUAUAUGGUGCCGAAAAGAGUGUUAACCACAGUUCAUACAUUUUCAUCUUGAAAUCUAUAGCAAUCAUUCUCAUUUUGUCCUGAAUAAUGAAUCCUACAAAAGUAACUGGCUGUUAAAUUGUUGUCUCGG